UUGAAGUGAAGUGUUUGAUGCUGUCAGAAGUAAUUUGUUUGCUGAGUUUCUUUUAAUGCACUCGCAAUUUCUGGUGACUAAUUCCAGUAAUAUUAAAGCUGAACAGUGUAACAAGGUUCUUGCAACGGUAAUGGAAGUAUCAUCCGUUGAAUCUGAUGUGGGAUUACCGGAUUACUGCCGGUUAUGUUUGGCGGAGAAUGUCCAAAUGGUUGUUCCGAAAGAACCCAAAGUAUUCCAGCAGCUUUCUACGAAGCUUAAGGAUUGUUUGCAUCUCUGGAUCACUGUUUCCGAACUCUCCGAGUCGGUAAUAUGCAAGAAAUGCUACGAAACACUGGAACGGCUUCAUCAAUUCCGGCUUCGUUGCCACCGCUAUAACAACUAUCUUGCCUUGCGAAAAUCGCUCGAUCCAGACCGGAAACAUCCUCUUAGAUAUGGCGAAAACUGGUAUUGGUACUCGUGCCAAGGUAACAAUGCGAAAUGCGUUUACUGGGGUUGCAGUGUGGUCUGUUGUCCGGCUUAUAUUAUAGCUCACCCCAGUGGGAAGGUUUCUACGGGCGACGUCCAGCAUCAACAUAAGCAGAAGCUUGAAGAUGUUAAGAAUGUGUACUGUAAUGGGGAGUACGUUUACGAUGGAUACAGAUUUAGUUUCGAUUUGAUGAACCCCAACCGAACGUUGGCGUUCAGUUGUAGAAGCUUGAAUGACCCCUUUCGGAAAUGUACUGCCACAUUGACCACGAACGAUAAGAGUGAGGUAAUGAGUUCCACGGAUCAUAACCAUCCGAGAGAGCUGAUUAUAGAGUCUGCGGCUAAAUGUGGAAAAACUGGGGACAAACAAACUAUUACAUUGAUUCGUGGCAAGCAGCGUGAGUUGGCUUUAUGUCAGGGUUUCUGGUAUGAAACGAGUGGCGGACAAGACAGUGUUUUCCAUUGGGAAUGUAUCCGAUACGAUUGUGCUUGUUUCAUCACAAUGAAGAACGGGGUACUUGAGUACUACGGGAAGCAUGGCCACGGAGCGGUGUGGUUGAAAUGGGGCGCUGAUGCGAGCAAAGCUACUGACGCCAAGUCUGCCAUGUUGAUGAAAAUUAUAAACCCAUCAAGACCUCCUCUAUCAUCACUGUACUCGGGAUCAACUCCUGUUACUCAAGUUACUCAACCGCAAGCCUCUAAUUCCGCUAUUAGGCCAAUCUCCGCGAGAACCUCUACUGAGUUACAGCAAGUGUUUCGUACGGAUGUUACUCAUGCAGGAAGUAAUGUUUCGAUCGCCGCUGUUACUGCACCAACAAUGCUUCCUAAAGAUGAAAUUGAGGCUGAACAAACUACAUUAUCCAGCCCCAAUGCUCUUCCACCAUUUGUCACAAGAAUCAAAACCGAGCCUCAAGAUUCUUCGAUAGGAACCCAAAGCAUAGUUCCAAUAGCACCACAUAGUACGACGAGAAUCAUUCAACAACCUUACAACAUGGUGAGACCACCAGCACCUCUGGGCGCUGGAAUGGUGAAUAAAAGGCUAAGAACCGUGCGGAAGGUUGUAACCAUAAGGCCAACUCACCCUACCCUACCAACUAUUGUUGUGAGACAACCAAUCGAUGUGGAAGCCUCAGACCCAAGCGCAAAGAGUCCUCGCGUUUAUCAUCCUCGACAAAAGUUGCAAAAGUCCGCCACGCCUUCCAGUGCGGCGGUGCCCAAAAUUUUGCACGUUAUGUCUCUCAGUAAAACCUCUAAUCAACCGAAAGCGAAAGCGAUGAUCUCCCACCCUGCGGUAACCAAACCGAUAAUUACUAGAGCAAAACGCGUCGAUGGCCCCGAGCCACUAUUACUGACUGCAAUCAAGGCGGAACCCGGCCAGAGUGAUGAAGAUGCUGAGGCCGAAACCAUCACUGAUGAUCUGUCAUCGCCAGUAUCUACCGCAGGCCGCGAUACUAUCACCAGAGACGAGAGUUCGACCGGAGUCACAAAGCAUACCGAUAAUUCGUUUAAAGCCACAUCAUCGAUCGAAUCUGAAACAGCUUCGACGUCUUCGCAGAAUACGAUUUCAGCCGAGGAAGUAGAUGACGAUGUUUUAUGCGAUCUACAAGAUGAUGGUGAUAUACCACCAAUUGUUCCCAUCGAUGAUGAUUUAAAGGGUACAGGGAAAUCUCCAAUCAAAACAGCUGCAAAGAAUAAACCGCAGUCUUCACUGAAGAAAAAUGAUCCGCAGGAUUCAGCGAAUAGAUCGGCAAUGUUGAAGAAAAUUGUUAAUCUACACAGAAAUGCAACACCCUCCCCAUCGCAUGUUACUCGUGGCAUGAAUAAUGACGGGAAUGAGAGUGUUGUAAAAACAUAUAGCCGUCAGUCGUUUGGUCCUGAGAGUAACGCAUCGAAUAAAAUGUUAUUAAACAGUGGUAAUAAAAGAAAAGAAAGAGAUUCUCAAAUUCAAAGUCAGCCAGUGAAAAAGCUUAAAGCAGAUUUGGGUUCUCCGAAUGCAAUCGACCCUGACGUGGUGAAACUUCCUUCACAUGCCAUUGGAAGUGUAGAACAACAGGAGGACGAGUCUGCCGCUGAAAUGAGUACAAAUGACCUAUCCGAGUCAUGCCCUAUGGAAGAUCCAAUAGCAGUUCCAACCGAACCGUACGAAAAUGUCCAUUCUGUCGUCGAGAAUCCGAUCAAAACAGCUGAAUCGUUGGAACCAACGCAGUCAACUAGCUCAAAUGCGAAACUACUCCCAGCGGACCGGAAUCCCAAGGAGAAUAAUAACCGUUUUGCGGAGAAAGUGACAAGUUCGAAGACGGUACAGGUCGUUAAACUGCAGAAAUCCGAACAGAUGCUAAACUUCGAGGGUCACUUGUACAAAAUCAAUUGGUGUAAUCGACGGUUCAGCUAUUGGGAGUGCAUGUUGAGGCAGCAGGUUCAUUGUAUGGCCAUUCUGGAGACCCAGGACAACGACUCACGCUCGUGGAUCAAGUAUGGCUCGCACAAUCAUAAGGUACCCAAGCCGAUCGUGAACGACGAUAGCGGUGGGAAGUAUCAGAUGUUCAACGCAUCGAGCGGAAUAGCCCAAGUCAAGCGGCCCCCACAGCAAACUUUGUCGAUCGAAGACAUCGUAGAGCAGGAGGGUAAAAUGAUGUCGCUGAGAAGACGGAAGCUUGCUAAUUUUUCCAUCUACAGAGACAACACAAAGUUGACUCUUAUGUUUGGGAAUUUUACGUACCAAAUUGUUUGGCUUUCUGACCCAGGAUUUAUAUGGAAGUGCACCAGCUGUAGUGCUAUGCUCGAGACGGACGAAAAAUUCACCAUCGCUAGAGAAACCGGCGAUCCACAUAACCACGCCCUAAAUCCAACUGUUAUCGAUUUGGACAACGAAGAUAGUGGGGUUAAGGCAACCGGUGGCAACGAAAACAAGACGACCAGCGUGGUUGAUAUUCCGGAACGCACGGAGCCACCGCCUGUUGCUGUUGAAGAUGAAAACAAAGUUGAUUCUUCGAAGGACAAUGAAGAGGAAAGUGACGCUUUGGUCGAUCAGCAAGAAAUAGUUCAAGCACCCAUAGUGGGAACAGAUGAACUAUCAGAUGAAGAGGAAGUGGUGCUUGAUCCUUUAAGUGGAGAGUUUCUCACAAAGGGAGAAAUGAAGAGGAAAGAAAAUCGGGCUAAGCUAGAUGAUGCUGGAAAUGAAGAUGACGAAGACGACGUUAUACUGGAUCCUUUAACAGGACAGUUUAGGAGGAAGGGUGAUCCAAAACUUCUUGAAAUGACUCCUGCUGAACAAGAUCAAGAGCAGGAGGAAGAAUACGAUCAAAAUACUGAUGAAAGUAAACAAACUGUGGAUACGGAAGAUCUACCGAAUGAAGACUUCGAGGAGUUAUUGAGAGGAGACUCUGGAGGACACUCUGGCGGAAAGAUCACUAAAAUGGUUCGAAAUUCUCUGGCCGCGUUGAAGUUGGAAUUAUCUAUCCAUAAUAAACUAAAAGAUGAAGAUUGUGACCGUAAUUUCGAAGUAUUACCUCAUACGGACGGCACUUGUCUGAUCCGUUAUAAUGAAUUUACAUACCAGCUAGACGCAGCACAGAGUGGCUUCUCUGUUUGGAAAUGUUGGCUUUCGCCGCAGUAUGCUUGCAGAGGCAAGAUCCAUCUCAAUGCAGACUGUAAGGAAACCACCGUUAGUGGAGUCAACCAUUGUCACGCAUCGACCAUCAAAGACAUGUUCGUAAAUUUACCCGAGCGAGAGGAGGGAGAUAUCCUGGAUGGAGAUCUCGGUACCAACCGAAAAUACACGUUCUUCAAGCGACCGAAUAAUUUGUAUUACCUACAAUUGGAAGAUGGUUUCAUCUACAGUUGUUUAACCAUGUCCAAAACUACGGUCAGCAGCUGGCGAUGUGCCUCGAGAAAGAAUCAUAACUGCAAGGCAAUUGUGACCAUGGAAGGGGAGUUUAAUUCGUUAACGAGAAAUCGCUUCAGUCACAGCCAUGAUCCGCCAUCUACACUUGAUGAUUUGGAAGGCGAAAAGAAGGAUGCACCCUCCGAAUCUAACGUAGAUUCAACACAUUCGAAGAAGAAGAAAAUGAAAUCCAAAGUCGAAGAGAAAAAGAAGCGGAAACGACAAACAUUGUAAGCACUA